UUGCUGCUGGGGUUAAGAUGGUCAAAUGUGGCCAUACUAAACCACUCUGCAAAGUUAAGGUUUGGGAAAUAGCGUCGCCAUAGCUAACAAACAUGGGUACAGGAAAUUCUGUUGUAGUUCGAUGGGGGCAGGUGGCGGGAGGCGAACUGCCCUCUCACGUGUAGAUAAGAGCUGCAUACGCCCAUCCACCACCAAAUCUACUUUUUCGGAGCGAUAACGACGGUUCACCAUCACCUGAUUUUGGAUUGGAGGUAAAGUCCUUUUCAGCUGUUUUUAGCACAACGACCAACACUGUUUUUCUUGAUAGGAUCAGCUGUUGGAGUCUGGAGGUCUCCUCAAUGUAAAAAUCUGGAAAUAAGGUAAGACUGUAACAAUAGCUACUGGACAUUUCAAUGGAGUGUCUGUGACAUUUGAUAAAAUAAGGUGAAAAUGUGUAUAUAUUUUCAUAAUACAAUCAUAGCUCAAUAUUGAUCAUGCUCAAAGUACCUUGGUUACACCUAUGCAUUUUUCAUACUUAACAGUAACUUGUUUUAGCCUACAUAUUUAAGCAUAUUUUACACCAAAUGUUAAUACGGUGGGUUCAAUCUUAAGAACCAAUCCUGAAUACAUAAGUAGCCAAAUGCUAACUGCUGAAGUAUACUUUCAGAAGAUACAGGGAUUUUUAAACGCUGAUUUGUCAGACUACAAUCUGUAAGAACAGUUAUGUAGAGAUGUGCCAUCCAACGGCAGUAGGAGCAUUUACAUCUGACUUCUUUCAGUCCACACAGCCGAUGAGAUAUGAUUUCAGGGAGUGUGUACAGUAUGCUGAACAAUAGAGGAAUUUCUUUCUCCAUGUAGAAAAGCUUCACUCUGACACUGCUAAAGCUGUCAUCUGCAGGUAAAUAAGGCAUCUUUACUUGUAUUUCUUCCACACGUUGUAUUCUUAUUUGCUUUAGCAUGCCCUUUGUACUCUGUUUUGAUCAUCAAAAGACGUCCUGAUUUUUUUUUUUUUAGGAUAAUGGGUCUACAAAAUUGUUAUUUAAGCUAAGACACCUUGCAUAUGUGUAGGGUUUAAUUGAGUUGAAUUUAUUUCAUCAAGUACUACAACUACUCUAUGAGACAUAUGAUAGGUAUUCUCAUCAAAUGUAACAAAUGGACUACAUAGAUGACUAUCAAUGUCAAAGAUAAAAAGUAAGAGCUGGUAUGCAAAGGGACACACCUUUUCACAUUACACCACCUGUUUGAAUUCAUCUGCAAUUAUUAUUUUAUCAAGAGGAAGCAUCUGUCUAGUGUCAAUGGUAGGAACCUGUUUUGAUCUUUAGCCAUUUAUGUGAGCACUAUGCUGUUCCAUUUCUGCUCCUUGUUGUAAAGACAAUUUAAGCACCAUAAACAUAUUUAUAGUAUAAACAUGGGGGUUCUGUGUUUCAUUUGGCUUAUGUGUAUUAUCUCUUCUCUACCUCCCUCUUUGCUUGUUCUACAGUAUCAUAUAGGCCUUCUUUUAACCUCUUCUUUUUAGCAACGAUAAAUACCAGGCUACAUUUAAGUUCAAUGGGUCAGGCCUGGGCUUUUUGAAAGUACCUAAUAAUUACUCUAGUCUAUUAAGGGAGGUGAGGUAAGGGGAUAAUUAGUUAACCUGUGUAAAAUAAUUGCUGCAGGACAUUACAACUGUUUAUGAGCUUCAUGUACUGUAGCUGCUCACACAAUGGUUAUACAGGAAAAACCAGCAAGGUAAGUAUCAAAACUUCAAAGCCUUAUUGGUCUUUUCCCUGUAAUGUUUUCCUUUAUACAUUUAUGCUCUCUAAUUUCAUUUUAAGGUCCCUGUUUGGGUUUUUAUGAUGUUUGGCAUCAAAGGAAAGAAGUGCACACUUGUAAUACGAAGGCUGAUUCUCUGGAUUUUGUUGACCAAAGUCAUGCUGGUGCUGUACUGCUUGACGGACCCAACCCAAGUGAAAAAUAGGGGCAUCCAAGAAGACACGUGUCCUCUCAGUAUGGCCAAAUUAUUGAAGAAAAAUGUGACCACGAAUUCUGAAAGCACAAAAUCCCAGUCAGAAGAGUGCUCCCCCACAGUGAACAUCAUGUUCCUGAAGACCCAUAAAACUGCUAGUAGCACCAUACUCAACAUCCUCUUCAGAUUUGGAGAAAAGCACAAGCUUAAAUUCGCCUUCCCUGAUGGGCGCAAUGACUUCUUCUACCCAUCGCCCUUCCUGUGCUCCCAGGUGAAGGACUACAGGCCUGGAGACUGUUUCAACAUUGUUUGUAACCACAUGCGCUUUGACCAUCAAGAAGUAGCCAAGCUCCUGCCUUCAGAUGCGGUGUCCAUCACCAUCUUACGUGACCCAGUGGAUCUCUUUGAGUCGUCCUUCCAUUAUUAUCACAGAACAGUUCCUCUCACAUGGAAGAUCAGUGGAGGGAGCAAACUGGCUGAGUUUCUAAACAAUCCUCAGAUCUUCUACAGCCCAAAGGCUUUCAACUCAUUCUAUCUUAAAAAUCUGCUCUUUUUUGACUUUGGUUUUGAUAACAACCUGGAGGCUGAUGAUCCUCGUGUAAUGACAGAUAUUCACAACUUAUCGAAACGUUUUGAUCUGGUUCUCAUAGCAGAAUAUUUCGAGGAGUCUCUUAUCCUGCUUAAGGACACACUCUGCUGGACCACGGAGGACAUCCUGUAUUUUAAACUCAAUGCUCGCAAGAGCUCAUCUGUAUCCCGACUGACCCCUGAGUUGAGAGCCAAAGCUUUACAGUGGAACGGGGCUGACUGGAGACUCUAUCAGCACUUUAAUGCUACCUUCUGGGCCAGAGUAGAGGAGUUUGGGAGAGAAAGAAUGAAACAGGAGGUUAAAGAGCUGAGGAGAAGAAAUGCUGAGAUGAAAGCAAUCUGUAUCGAGGACGGAGGUGCAGUUGAAGCCCAAAAGAUUCAGAACAGACGUUUCCUGCCCUGGCAGCCAGUAGGAGAGUCCUCCAUCCUGGGGUACAACAUGAAGAAAAAUAUUGAUCCCAAAUUCAGGACAAUCUGUGAAAAAAUGCUCACACCGGAAAUACAAUACUUAUCAAACCUGGGCGUGAGCCUGUGGCUUACAAGACUAUGGGGCUGGUUUAAAGAUACUGUUUUUACAGUUUGACUUAGAUUAAAACAUUUACAACUAAAAUAUAGCAAUUUAUCCUGCCACAUGUGCAUGAUGCCUACAUGAAACAUGUUUUACUCUUAUUUUAUCAAAUUUUGCCAGUUUUCUUCUGAAUGAUGCAUCCACAAUGAUAAUUCAGAUUUGUCACCUGGAAGCUGAAUCCCCGUUUGGCUGCAUGGAAUGCGUUACAUUCAGAAAAUGUUUACCACUCCCAAAUAGGCCCACAGAUGGGUCACAGUUAUCUCAAAUACCUCCACUUAUUAUCUGUUGGUCAUUAAUUGCUUCUCACAGUUUGUUUUAUCUUUCAACAUUGUGCACUAAGAUACAUAAGGUAUCAAACCAGAGCAAUCAGGGAUAGCUAUGUUGUUGAAAUACAGUUGUUACUCAGUGGGACCGCUAGUGUUUGUGUGACCCCUAGAGGCCUCGGGCUCAGGUGCAGUUAUAUGCAAUGCAUACAUGAGAUGUCUUUAUUAUUGACAGUAAUAGUGGUUUGACAUGAAAUGAAAAGCAAAUACAUUUUCUGUGUGUAAAUUUUUACCUCAGUUUAGACAUAAACAAAUGACUGAUCACUUUCAUAUGAACAACCUAAGGUAGGUGAUUCAUGACAUUUUCCCAAAGAGAAGAUGGCCACCCAUCCUACUUUGUUACUGUAGUAACAUUGCCUACCAUUUGUAGAUUGUACUACUUUUUGAUGAUUCAGUUGGGCUAAAAAAAAAUAGUGUGGAUUUUUUAUUUAUUUAAUGUGGUAGCUGCCAGUUAAUAAGUAUACAGGCAGAGUGAGUAAGUGUCCUGCAGACUUCAGUAUGAGCUCAGGUACAGUGUUGUGUGCACAAGAAUCAUUUACUUUAAUGAAGGCUUGUACAUCAAUGAUCAUCUGCCAGCGUUGCAGUCCUCCUCCUUUUGAAAAUAUGUGAACUUGCUAUGUAAACACAGGUUGUAAUUA